UCGAUCCGAACGUACGUAACACAACUGAGGGUGUAUAUUCUAGCUGCUAGGCUAUACUUUGCAAUCCAUUGCAAUCUGGUGUGAUGCCAGCGCCUUGCGCUGUUCGCGGCUGCGUCAACAGCGGCGGUGGGCGACAUCCACCGAAAACUCGACGGUACAAGGUCCCGAAAAAAGAGCCCGCGCGAACCGCAUGGCUAAGAUUGAUAGGGCGAAGUGACGUCCUGCCGGACAUCGAAAUCACAGUCUGCAGCUUGCACUUUCGACCCGACGACUACGAACUGAACAUGUCACUCGCUGAAACCUCCGGAGUUGGGAAAUUCCUUGCAAGGCUGAAACCCGGAGUGACGCCGUCGUUGAACUUGCCGACAAGCGGUCAGCACGCAGCUCAGCAAGAAAACAAGGCACCCCAUUUUGGAAAUGAAGAGCACAGUUGUGUAUCUGGCACAGUAUCCAGUUCCCCUGUGGUCACAUCUCCCCUUUCACAGCAUGUAAGUUACAAGUGGUUGCACGAUCUUUACGAUGCUGGUAGAUGUGGAAAAUAUUAUAAAAUCACGAGGGACGCUUCAUCUGGAAAUGAAGAGAGAAGCCAUGCACCUGGCGCAGUAUCUUUUCCUGUGCUUGCCUCUCUCCCUCUGUACGGGACACCUGAAAGCGUUCCGCGGUGUGCGAACGGCGGAUGCUGCCAGCUCAGGGGCAAAUCUCCUACUCAAGAAAAAGGCACGCAGUACUGUCCACCGAAGGAGUCAAAGUGGACCCAAACAACACUUGCACAAACUUGAACAGCUGGCACACGAGUGAAUCGUAAUGCUACGUCACUGAGGCAGUCUAAUGAAGUGGCAUCUACGUCUGCAGCCUAAUGGAGUGGAAUCGAGUAACCAAAUGGAGCUCGAAGCACUGCAGCGUGGCCUGGAUGAACUGGACGACUUCAAUGUUACCGUCCAGCCCCUAACAACCGAUCGACAUCCCAGCGUGUGAAAAUGCAUGUGCACUUCACAUCCAGAAGUUAAACGUCAGUUCGACGUUUGGCAUGUCGCCAAAGAUCACAGCCGCAGAAGAGGCUGGCAAGUUUCACACUGGCAAAGCACCUCCUGAAGGAUAUCUCAAGCCUUUUCCCGGACGUGCAGGCGUCAAACCUUGAAGCAUUCCACGGUCUUCUCGAAGUCUGUUGGAUGUGGCAUAAAAACCAUGGAGUGCAGGACACAUCUCGCUGUCCUGUAUUUCAUCAACAGGGCUCAUGCCUUCACUGAUGAUGGGGAAUAGCGUUACCAGUUGAAGCACUGCCCAUCAAGGAGGAACCUACGUUCACUAAGUAAACUGUGCACAAGCAAAAUUAUGUUCACAAGCUCCUAGGCGAAGUGGUAGAGCUGUGCAAUAGAUGGCCCAAAUUCGCUGAUACGUGGGCCACAAGUCCUCCUGAUGAGCACUGCCAUGUCCGACAAACAGCCAGCCCUCGAUAGAUAAAAGAGUGCUGAUAGAAGCCAGGCAACACUGUCUCGGACCAUGUCGUUGCAGUCAAUGCACAGAUGCACGUUUGUGAUACCUCCAUCCAGGUAUCCUACAUGGCGCAAUGCUUUUACUAUUCCUACUUUUUCACGUUUUUCUUCGUACUCUGUCAAAGGCAUGCACUGUGUACUACAGUAUCGUACGGUGACAGCAUGGAAGCUCGUCCAUAACUCAACGAGUAAUUCACGAGAAAGCCAAAGUGUACAUUUGGCUUUUUCGUGAAUUACUUCUUGACUUUUUUCCUGGAUGGAAAAAGUCAGCCUCAGCUCACCGUUAGUUCACUGCCCCAUUGUAGAGAAUUCUGUGAGUUGGGGCUGAAGUAGUAAGUAGUCAUUAACAGUGAUGGCCACUAACUACUUCUAGAGUAGUUUAAUUAUAACUGCUGACUACUUCGCAAUGGAGUAGUUUAACUAGUAGUUCGAACUACUUUUUAACUACUGCAAUGUAUUUUAACUACGUCUCUAACUACUUAACUUUGCCCAACAACAACAAUCCCACUCUAUAGUGUACUUGAACACCUAAAUAUGAAUCAUAAGCAGUAAUAAAAGAAGAUUUAGUACACAUGCACGGCACAAUUGCUCCGCACCUCCGUUCUCAUCAAACCAGUAGCUCAAGGUAAAAGUCGGAAGCACAAUCCUGCAGUAAAACUUGCGGCAAAAUCUGAAGUAGUUGGCGCCUGCAGUAACCUAACUACUGUAGUUAACUACUCGAAAUAGCAGUUUAACUAGUAGUUGCACACUACAUUUCUGGAAGUAGUUGGUUACUACUUUUUAACUACAAUCAGGUAGUUUAAAUAGUAGUUUAACUACAUGUAGUCGUUGUUUAUUGCUACUGUUAGUUAACUACUGGCCAUCACUGGUCAUUGAUAAAGUUUAAAGUAGAAAAAUAUAUAGUCUAUAAUCCAAAUAAUAAAACAAGAGAAAGGUCCAAUAAACAAACUAGAAAACUGUGUGUGAACUAAGUGGUACUUAUGAAGUCAACACGUCCGGGGGCAAUGACAUUGGAAGGCUGGCUAACAACACGUGGGGAUGUGGCACUGUUUGUGGAUUCGAAGACGAUACAAGGGAGAUCAUCUCUACAUUUGACAAGAAUUUUUGUGUUGCUGAAGUCAGGUGAACACUUGUUGCACAAAUCAAGAUGUGUUGUUCACUUCUAUUGUGUGUUCCUCAAACUCGAAGAAAUGUUACCUCUUUCUUUCCGCAUUGUUUGUUGUUGGUAAAUGCAGCAAGACUUGCCUC